AUGAACUUAAGUGUUGGUUACUUUUGUAACUUUAGUGGCAACUGGGGGGGAAUGGAGGAUAACUCUUCUCAGUGUCUUCUGAAUUGGUGCAUUGAACAAACCAAAACGUACCCAUAUAUUAAUAUCACUGAUUUCACAUCAUCAUGGAAAGAUGGUCUGGCGUUUUGUGCCUUAAUUCACAAACAUUUCCCUGAUCUAAUAGAUUUUUCGCACUUGAAGUCUGAAGAUGCUGUAACAAACCUUAAGUUGGCGUUUUUCCUUGCAGAAACAAAAUUGAAUAUACCGGUGCCUACAAGACCACAAGUCAUAGUAUUAGAAGAUGUAGAUGAAAAGAUAAUAUUUGAAUACGUUUCUAAGUUGUAUGGGGCAUUAACAAGAAAUGCAGGUUCAGAUAAGCUUUCAGAUAAAAGCUUAUCAUAUUUGUGUGAACAGGAGGGGGGACUUCUUAUAUGUGACCUUUGUGGGGAAACUAUAUUUCGUGUCGAGCAGCUGACUGUCUUCAGUAGGAACUACCAUCGUAGUUGUUUUCGUGACAACCAGUUAACUUAUCUCAAAGAGCGGAAUAAAACACUAAAGGGUUCCAACUGUUCUGAUGGUUCACCGCUGACUAAAUUUUUAGUAGCGGAUCCCUUCCCAAUAAGACUCAGUCCACAAAAAGAAUUGGACACUGUUAGCAAUGGAAAAAGUCAACCAACAUGCAAACCUCCUUCUAGACCGCCACUUUUUGAUGUUUUAAGUAAUAAUGCGUCUCCUGAACUGAAUAGUGUUUUGAAGAUAAAAGCUAAAAUAUCAGCUGACAUAGAACAGCGUAAAAAUAACUCUAAUUCCAAGCAUCAUAACAUCGUUUCUUAUCCUGCUGCUUUAAAUCCGUUCGAAGAUGACUCUUUGUGUGAUCCCAGCUCUCAGCAUGAAUGUACCUAUAAGCCUUACAAUCCAUUUGAUGACGAUUUAUCAGCCUUAGACUCGGAAGAGAUUAAUAAUAUUUCAGAUUCUGACCACUCAAACGUAUUAAGUAUAUCAAACCCUCCAUCUCUGGUAUCCACGCCUAGUAACCAUAUAAACAAGUAUAUGGAACAGAGUAACCAAAAAUUUUCCAUGGAAACAGUCGCAGAUGAAUCAGUCAAUCUUCGGACUGCUCACUCUUCUAUAUAUGAUUUAUCGAGUUUACUCGCUUAUGGUAGUCUGAAUAAAGCACAGUCCUCUUCACUAAGCAGUGAUGCAAAACAGUCCUCAAAAUCUCCUCUUAAUGGAUCAAAUGCAAAGAUAAGUAGGUCAGUUAACACCAAAGGGCCUGCCCCACCUAUUCCUGUUUUAUGCCGACGUGAUGUCAGACGCGAUCAGCAAAGCGACUUCAUUCCAUACACUGAAUUACACAGACAACUAUAUGAUAUAAACUAUGAACUUUCCAAUCUGGAACUAUCUGCUCGCAAAAUUCAAAAAAGUAUUAAAGAAAUGUCUGAAAAUAAUGAAAACGUCAAGAGACUAUUGAAAAAGUGGCUCCAUACCGUUGAAUUAAAGGAUAAUCUCUUCAAAAAGGAAUCAGAGUUACUUCAAAGGCUUCGUUGUCAAGAGCUAGAGGAUCGUCAUGCUGAUUUAGAAUAUGAACUACGAACGCUAAUGGCCAAACAAGGUGGGAAUCUUUAUAUUAGAAAACUCCAUGUUUGGAAAAUUAAGUACAUUCUAAAGACUAAAGAAGAAAAAGCUCGUGAAGAAGAACUAAUUGCUGACUUAUUGUGUGUGGUUGACAAAAGAGCUGAACUUUCAGAAUCCACUGGGGAUUUCAAACCAAAGCAUCGAGCAAGAUCAUCUAGCCGAAGAACCCUCGAAAGUAAAUUCAAACAAAUAUGCCUUAGUUUGCGACAUCCUAGUCUGUCACAAACGAAUUUAUCAACCAUUCGGGAUAAAUCAUUGAAAAAAGUACGGAAGUUGAGAGCUUCUACCAUAUCUCGAUUGAAAAACAAGACAUUUUUUCGAUAG